AUGGAAGAGGGUCGUAAGCUGUAUGGGAAUCUCGGGGUAGCUGAUCUCCCCCCCAUAACAGCAGGCAUCCUUCGUGCUAAUUGUCAAAUGGGCACUCAGUACAAAGUGGAGAAGACUGGCAGAAGUUCAUACCAUGUGAGCCGUGACACUGGAGCCAAGGAGGAGCGUGUGGUGGUAUUGGAGGUUGCAAAGCCAGAGGAGGCGCAGUGCACGUGUAAUUACCAGAGGGAUGUACUGUGCGAGCCUAGGAGGCAACCUCGUGAACAUGAGCAACCACAAACUGGGGUGGGGGUGGUGGACGGUAGCGCGACUCACGCGGGGGAUGGUGGUGAGAAUGAAGGUGUUGAGGAACCAACAGAAACUUGCGCCCGGGGGGUGUGGGGUUAUCAAAUCCAACAGCGGCUGAGAGUGGGGGAUGCGGGGAGAGCGGAAGAGUAUCCGAGAGUGGAGGAUUGGGGGAGUGGGAAGGAGGAUACGCGAGCGGGGCAGAGAGGGGAGGAGCAUCAGCGGGUGGGGAAUGGAGGAGAGGAGCAGCCGAGAGUGGGGCGGGGAGGGCAGGAGCAGAGAGUGGGGCGGGGAGGGCAGGAGCAGAGAGUGGGGCGGGGAGGGCAGGAGCAGAGAGUGGGGCAUGGAGGGCAGGAGCAGAGAGUGGGGCAUGGAGGGCAGGAGCAGAGAGUGGGGCAUGGAGGGCAGGAGCAGCCGAGAUCGGGACAGGGAGGGGAGCAGCCGAGAUCGGGACAGGGAGGGGAGCAGCCGAGAUCGGGACAGGGGGAGGAGCAGCCGGGAGCGGGGCAGGGAGGGGAGGAGCAGCAGGGAGCGGGGCAGGGAGGGGAGGAGUACCAGGGAGCGGGGGGGGAAGGGGAGGAGUAG